UUGCCGUUGCUGUGGCAGCCGCGGCCUUUCGAGGCCUGGCUGCGAGGCGCUCGGGCGGGACGGAGGCGCCAGGGGCUUCCAGCGGCAGGGCCGCUGCCGCCGCCUUCUCUUCCUCCUCUUCCUCCUCCUCCGCGUCCCCUUCCCCGCCGCAGCCGCUCACGCUGCUGGUGAUGCACCCCUGCGGCCGGGGGGACGGGGAGGCGGUGGGCGCCACCGUGCUGCAGCCUCAGGUGGUCCCGGCGGCCUCAGAGGCGCCACCCGCUCAGGGCGGCCUCAUGCUCUUUUACGAGCUGGGCCCCGCUGGCGAGGCUGAGGCGGACGGCGAGGCCGCGGGCGGCGGCGGCGGCGACAGCGCGGGCAGCCCCGGCGGCGGCCUGGACGACCUGGACGACGAGGACGAGAGCGGGGCUCCGUCGGGCGGCGGCAGCGGCGGCGGGUGCAAGAGCUGCACCUACCAGGGCUGCAGCGAGACCACCACGCAAGUGGCCAAGCAGCGCAAGCCGUGGAUGUGCAAGAGGCACCGGAACAAGAUGUACAAGGACAAGUACAAGCGCAAGAAGAGCGACCAGGCCCUGGGCGGAGGAGGGGGCGCAGGAGGAGGGGCGGCAGGAGGCCCUGCCUCGGCCGCCACCGCUGCGGGAGCCGCCGCGCAGGGAGGAGCCGGUGCCCCCGGCGGCGGCGGACGGGUUGAGGAUUGCACUGAAAGUUCAGUUUCUGUAUCAAAGCAAAGAACAGGUUCUAUUGGAGAUCGGCCAACAAAACCUACUCUCUUGGAACAAGUGUUGAACCAGAAAAGACUGGCACUUCUGAGAAGCCCAGAAGUUGUACAUUUUCUGCAAAAGCGACAGCAGUUGCUAAGCCAACAAACUUUGGAGCAAAGGCAGCAACCAUUUUCAGGAGCACCAGUGUGAUGGGGGGGAGGGGUAUACUCGAAGAACCUCAGCUCAAAAUGGAUGAAGAUGAUGUAGACCACUGAAUUGUUCUAAUUGUUGCAAAGUGUAGUUUUAUCUUUCGCUGCUUGGAUAAGUCAGCAAACCUGACUCUUAUUUGCUGUUUGUUUUUUCAGAAUGGCAUUUGGGUUGUAUUUAUUAGAAACUGGUUUUUUAAAAAAGUUUUUAUGAAACCUUUGCUCUCCACUGAAGUCUUCCAUUAACAUUCUGGAAGCUGCUUUGACCUUUUUGAGAGAGUCACAUAAAUUAAUAUAUGAAAUCAGAAUCAGAUUUGUCUAAAUCUUUUGCUAUGUGAAAAGUUUGAUACCUUGCCUAAAGUGAUUCUUUGAUGAUGGUCAUUGAAGAAAGAAAUACUUACUUUCUGUGGAAGUUGUAAAAUGUAAAAUUUGAACCAGUCCUGUUGCAUAUAUUGCUCAGGGUUGUUGGUGGGGGAGUACUAGGCUAUUAGGUUUGUGGAGAAGGCCCAUGCUCCAACAGUGGGAUUAGAUUUGUCAUUCUGGCCAAUCUAGUUGAUCACUUUCUGUACUGCAUUAUAAAAUAAUGUAUUCCAGGUUGGUAUUAAUUUCAUGUGCAUUUGUAAACAUGGUUUUCAAGUAUUAAUGUGGAUAUUUCAGUAUAUUACUGGCAUGAUUCAUUAAGAGGCAUCCAUUUGAGCCUAUUUAUAUUAAUUUUAUAUUUUUAAUAAAAUUUUGUACUAAUGAACAGAAGUGUUCAUACAAGGAUAUAUUAAGGUAUCAUUUUUGUAUCUUUCUAAUUGUCAUGCUAUUUCUGAACAUGUUUGAAUUUUUUUUUAGCCAUAUGGAGUACAGAUACAUCAUCUAAGUUAAUGUUUGUAUAUUAGACUUCUAGAACGUUUUGUACAUACUGUAUAUUAUUGGCAUCUCUUUCUGUCUUAUCCUAACUAGGUGUGCUUAAGCAGAAACAAUUCUGUGUUUCUAGGCUGCUCUAAGCUGUGCUAAGAUAUGCGAAUAAUUUAAAAUGCAUGUGGAGUUUGCCUAUUGUGCCCUUUAAUUUGUAAAUUAGUCUUUUUAGUUUGGGUAACAUUUUGUUUUCCAAUUCUGAUGAGAAUGAAAUUCAACUGUUAUUUGCAGUGAUGUUCUGCUUCCCUGCCUGUUGUAUUUAUAUAGUGGGGCACUUUGCUGAUUCUCCUCUGCUGUGGAGGUACAGGAUUGAUGAAAUGUUGUUGUAUUUUGCUAAGCUCUGUCCCUUUGCUGCUAAUAAAUGGGUCCACUUGCCUUGAAUAUCUUCUAAAUAAAUGUUUUGUCCCUGUU